AUUGGACGUUUCUCGUGCGGGAAGAGGAGGAGCGACUGAGAUCCACACUACUAUACACGCUCGCUCACAGCUCAAACCACAGUAGUGAUGUUCCCUCAGCAGCGUGUGACAGGCAGAUCUCACUGAGUUCAGACCGAGCUCAUCUCGAGAAAUGUUACUACUGAAACCUCUCGGCGAGACGUCUUAAAGUAACACGCGUCCUUAAAUAUCGAAUGCAUACUUUACAAGUCCGUGCGUGGAAAGGAAAUAAGUUUAAAGAUGUCUGUCAGUAAUCACGAAAACCGAAAGUCAAGGUCAAGCUCGGGGUCCAUGAACAUCCAGCUGUUCCACAAGACGUCACAUGCAGACAGCUUGCUUACCCAACUCAACCUCCUCCGCAAGCGACGUGUCUUCACGGAUGUAGUCCUGCACGCCGGACAUCGAGCAUUUCCAUGCCACAGAGCUGUUCUGGCUUCAUGUAGCCGCUAUUUUGAGGCCAUGUUCAGUGGUGGACUAAAAGAGAGUCGAGAUGCCGAGGUCAACUUCCACGACUCUUUGCACCCGGAGGUACUGGAGCUCCUGCUAGACUACGCCUACUCGGCCCGGGUGAUCAUUAACGAGGAAAAUGCAGAGUCUUUGCUGGAGGCUGGCGACAUGCUCCAGUUCCACGACAUCCGUGACGCCGCCGCAGAAUUCCUGGAGAAGAAUCUGCAUCCGUCUAACUGCCUUGGAAUGAUGCUUCUCUCCGAUGCUCAUCAGUGCCAGAGGCUGUAUGAACUUUCUUGGCGAAUGUGUCUGGCGAAUUUUGCUAAUCUAUACCACACUGAAGAUUUCCUAAGCUUGCCCAAAGAUAAAGUUCAGGAGCUUGUUUUUAGCGAGGAGCUGGAGGUUGAGGACGAAAGUAUUGCGUACGAGGCUGUUAUUGAUUGGGUCAGAGCAGACAUUGGAAGGAGGCAUCUUGAUCUUCCCGACCUUCUGCGCUGUGUACGACUCGCCUUGCUUCCGGAAACCUAUCUGCUAAAGAACGUUGCAUCGGAGGAGCUCGUCAUGGGACACAAGGUGGGCCGUGAGAUUGUGGAGGAUGCUGUUCGAUGCAAAAUGAAGAUCCUGCAGAAUGACGGCGUUGUCACGGGCUUCUGCGCCCGACCCCGAAAGGUCAGCCAAGCUCUCCUGCUUCUAGGAGGCCAAACGUUCAUGUGCGACAAAGUGUACAUGAUCGAUCACAAGGCGAAGGAGAUCACUCCCAAAACGGACCUUCCUAGCCCUCGCAAAGAGUGCAGCGCUUGUGCUAUUGGCUGUAAAGUAUAUGUCACAGGUGGUCGAGGGUCAGAAAACGGGGCUUCGAAAGACGUUUGGGUCUACGACACCUUGCAUGACGAAUGGUCCAAAGCUGCACCGAUGCUCGUUGCUAGAUUCGGACAUGGUUCAGCAGAACUUGACCACAGCCUGUAUGUUGUAGGUGGACACACAUCCCUUGCGGGGUCAUUCCCUGCAUCCCCAUCUGUGUCUCUUAAACAAGUGGAGCAGUACAACCCCCAAUCCAACAAGUGGACACUAGUAGCCCCUCUUCGAGAGGGUGUGAGCAAUGCUGCUGUCGUAGGCGCCAAAAACAAACUCUUUGCUUUUGGAGGCACUAGUGUCAACAGGGACAAGUAUCCCAAGGUUCAGUGCUUCGACCCCUGUGAGAACAGGUGGACAGUCCCGGCCACUUGUCCCCAGCUCUGGCGUUACACGGCGGCAGCAGUUGUCGGGAACCAUGUUGUGGUCAUUGGCGGAGAUACAGAGUUCUCUGCCAGCUCUGCGUACCGCUUCAACAGUGAGACGUUCCAGUGGACCAAGUUUGGAGACGUGACUUCCAGGAGAAUCAGCUGUCAUGCAGUGGCGUCAGGGAAUCGCCUCUAUGUGGUUGGGGGCUACUUUGGGGCGCAGAGGUGUAAAACCUUGGACUGCUAUGACCCAUCAACGGACUCAUGGGACAGCAUAACAAGCGUACCAUAUUCGCUUAUCCCAACAGCAUUUGUCAGCACCUGGAAGUACCUCCCAUCUUGAAGAAAAUAUGUCUCUGAUUUGAUCUUCCGGCGUUCUCUGGAAUGCAGCCGAUCCCCCCCCCCCCCCCCCCCCCAACGAGGCCUGGGAAUGCCGGGGGAGGGGAGACACUUUUCCUUCUUUACAUUCACAUGGACCUCGUGCAGGAAACCAAGCCUUAGGUCAGUGGGGUGGGUCUCCAUGUCAAACAGAUCCCAUCUCAGCUCACCACGGUCCUUACAGCGAGACACGGCCCUGAAGAGAUGCAGAAAGCAUUGUGGACGCAUGUGUACAUAAACUUACUAGACUCAACUCUUUAAAACAGGUUAUUUUUAGCCUGAGGUUCCACACUUCAGUGUCUCGCUCACUCACACGGAUCCUGCUCGGUCAUAAAUUAAGUAAUAAAUAACUCUUGCCUCUGGUUACUCACUUUAGCGCAUGCAACAAGGCUCAUUGUGUUCUUUAGUAGACUUGGGUGACCUUUGUAAGAGGAAAUGAACCCAAAAUUGUAGAAUAACUAGCUAGACUGUGCUGCCUUUUUAUAUAUAGAAUGUGUUUUGUUUUUUUUGUAUUGAAUAUAUUAUUAUGCAAGAAUAUUCAAAACACUUCUCUGAUUAGCACUGUGUUCUUGUUAUAAAA